GUGCAGGUCGGUAGUGACGGGGGGCUGCUUUGUUCUCCUCCAGAUGAAGUUCGCACUGGCACCUACCGCCAGCUCUUCCACCCUGAGCAGCUCAUCACAGGCAAGGAAGAUGCUGCCAAUAACUAUGCCCGAGGGCACUACACCAUCGGCAAGGAGAUCAUUGACCUUGUCUUGGACCGAAUUCGGAAACUGGCUGACCAGUGCACGGGUCUUCAGGGCUUCCUGGUUUUCCACAGCUUUGGAGGGGGAACUGGUUCCGGGUUCACCUCCCUGCUGAUGGAACGCCUCUCUGUCGAUUAUGGCAAGAAGUCCAAGCUGGAGUUCUCCAUUUACCCAGCUCCCCAGGUUUCCACUGCUGUAGUUGAGCCCUACAACUCCAUCCUC